CUUAUAUGAAGCUCACAGAUUUGACAUUGAUGUGACUUUCCGAGCCGUGAUUGUUUGAUUAGGAUUGUUAGCUGCCCUUUAUCCUUAUCGUGCAUAGCUCUUUAAUAAUGAACAAAAAUCAGUGAUUGAGAACGAUAUCAUUUAUUACAAGAAAAACAAUCAUGGCAUAUCAUCAACUUAAUAUUCAACCGAUUAUAAAAUGUGGAUCAAAUACAUUCUCACCUUCUAUAGAUGCACAAUUGACUCAUUGCGCAGAUUUUGAAAUGAGAUUAUCAGACUGUUUGGAUGUUUAUGGCAUCGAAAAAGGAAUGAAAAAAUGUGAAGACUUAUUAUCUGAUUUAAGAGAGUGUUUGCUAAAUCCAAAACAAAGACAGCGAGUCAAGUUAAUGAGAGAACAGCACAUACUGCAAUAUAAAAAAGGAGAAAGAAAAGAGAUGUUUUCAAAACCACCAGCUUACGACGCAUAUUAAUGGUUAAUUACUUCUGAGUAACGUAAAGUAGUUACUUAUUAGAAUUUAUAAAUUAAUAAAA